AGAACCAGAUUGGUCUUCUUCCUCAUCUCGUCUCCGCCCCCCCUCGUGUCCGUACGAGUGUAUCUCUUUUGCUCCUCUACCCUGGAUUCUGUGCUCUUCCCAUCCUUAAUUCCCUUCUCUGGAUUGUGUCCUGUAUCUUUUGGUGAUGAUCUGCUCAUGUCCACCCGUGGGACGUGACAAUAUGGUAUCAGAGCUUUGAGCGAUCUGAUUUUGCUUGCAUGAUCUCUCGGUCAAUACCAGUAAUAUCGAUGGAGACGGUUGCUGAUUACCCUCGGGUUUGAUCCGGUGUGAUUCCCGAUCUGCGUUUGGUUGAUUGGGAGGGAGGUGGCUACGGCUCUAUUCAAAGUGGGUGCUGUUUGGAAGGUGCCCACCACAUGUUUGACGAAAUGUCUGGGUGCCUGAAGUCAACUACCAGCUGUGUCCUGCAAGUGACUGUCACUCAUCUGAUCCACCCGGAAGAGGUGCUUCACCAGGUUUUUGAUGUGUAUGGCGUGACCGAGUUGUGUGUGCUGCAGAGAUCCACUUAUCUGGAGGUGUUUGUAGAGUUUCAGUCCGGGCUCGAGGCAGGCCAGGCUCAAAGGGCUCUGCAUGGACGAUGCAUCUAUGAUGGUUGCUGCCUCCUCGACAUCCAGCACGCAUCACCGUCCAUCUCUGUAAUCACGCUGGACAACUCAAGACCAAUGGUUGUUGACUGGGAUCAAGUUGAAGUGACACCAGCGGAUGUUGCAUCGGUGACAUGCAACCUGGCAUCUUCAACACCACUAACUAUACAUUCUGGCAGCGCAAAGGAGUCCACACCAGUAGUCCUUGAAGAUGCCAGUCCCAUGCACCACCCUGUGUCGCUGGUAGCAGCAGCCACCAACCAGUUGCUCGACAGAAGGCCAGUUACACCAGAUGACAGGAAGCAAGCGCCAGCGAAAAAUGAGUUAUCCAGUGCAGUAGAGGUAAUUGACAGAACACCCGAGAGGACAAGAAAUGGGGAGAUGCUUCGCAGAUUUGUCAAGUGGGUAUCUCGAGUACGUAUUGGACGACGUCCUGUGCGCUGGGAACUGAGGACUAAGUUCCGCAACUCUGCAACCAUGCCAUCAACACCUCCCGUGCCGCCACGGCCGCCCGAUCAGCCUGUCUAUCACUUGGAUAUUUGUUCACCCCCUCGGACACCUUCUCCACCUGAUCGUCCAGAUCAACCUCCACGUAUUGAGUUUUGUUCUGCACAUAUGGUGCUUGAGUGUCCUAUUGCACAUAUGCCACAGUUCAAUUUAGAGCAGCACAUGCAUGGAGACAUCAUUAUUUCUUCUAAAGAUACGAAGUUGGUGGGCAUCAAGGAAAUGCACAUUUCUCAACCAUUUGUUGACGCUUGUUGGAUAGAAGGCUAUGGAUGGCGUCCACCUGAGCUGCUUCUUGCAAAUCAAUGUUUGCCGUGUUGUGCCUCAACUGCUUUCUUAUUCCAAAAUGGGAGUCUAGAGAACGUCCAUUUAACCAUAAGACAGUGGGAUCCAGGCAUUUUGGGGAUUCUUUCCAAGGGGUUUCUGUCAUUUAUUCGCAAAGUUCCAGGCUGCAGUCUCUGCGCAUGGAGAUCCUAUCAGUUGUUAGCUCUUCACUUGAUGGGUGCACAUGCACAACUGUCUGCAUGCGCCCUAAAGAUAUUUGGGUCACAGGUGGUUAUGAGAUUUUCUAGAGAAAAUUUUGAUACUGCAACUAAGAAUAUGCUCACCAGAAAGCAUCAGGAUUAUGUCAACUGGGCAUCAAUGACCCACAUUAAAAUGGUAAAGUCAGUUCAACUUCUCUACUUUGAGAGAAAGAAAAUAUGUCAUGAUGCAUUUGUACCAGCUGGAGCAGAAUUAUUACCUCAUGAGAGAUCUCCUAGUCCUAGUGCAAUACGAGUAGCACAACUUGCCAACCAUGGUGUGGAUUAUAAUAUCUUUCAACUGAUUGUUACUUGCGGAGAUGUAAACGUUGCCCAAAACAUGCAUUUCCUUACUGCUUGUCGGCCAAUUGAAGAACAAAAUGGUCUUCUCCAUAAGCUGCUGGGUCAGAACGUGAUCUUGACCGAAGACAAGAUACACAUGACAGGCCCAAACAAGGAGUUGAACUGUGGUAAUUCAGUCAUUGUGUCUACAACUGUGAGAGCCAAUGCAAGUAUAGAGCAGAUCACUCAUGUGUUUGUGGUACUUCCUAAAUUGCUGCUGCCACUUCAACAACCACAAGGGCUUUAUCCUUUUACUAUUCCUGAACUUCAUGAUGUGCCUUGUGUCGAGGUCUUGGAAGCACACCUACAGUGGUAUCCAGGUGGGUUCUAAUCCGUUAUGAUGCAGAGGAUUGGUGCUCAUGCAUACAAAUUGAUCAUAGCCAUGGACGACUUGUCAACUCUUUGGGAUCCAGGCAUAGUUUCAAUCUAUUGGUCAGUUGUGCCAAUUUGGGACAAGGCCAUGCGACGUCAAUACCAAAGUGGGAGCUUCACCUUGUUACAGCCUGAGCACGCCAUUGCUUGGGAACAAGCAAUGUUUUGCCGGGGCGGUAGUGUAACACCCCACAUACCUCUGGGCCGCAGUCAAAUGAUGGACUGCUCACACGGGCUCGGCCCAACAGACCAAACGAGAAGGCAUCGAACAGACUAGAACCAGAUUGGUCUUCUUCCUCAUCUCGUCUCCGCCCCCCCUCGUGUUCGGACGAGUGUAUCUCUUUUGCUCCUCUACCCUGGAUUUUGUGCUCUUCCCAUCCUUAAUUCCCUUCUCUGGAGUGUGUCCUGUAUCUUUUGGUGAUGAUUUGCUCAUGUCCACCCGUGGGACGUGACAGAAGCAUAUUGCUUAUCGAUGAUACCAGAUCAAUCAGAGUCGGUGCCAUGUUGCUGCAGUGCCGGGCUCCGGCAGAUUUCAUUUUCCAUAUAAUUGGAUCGGUCAGAGUUGUGAUCAGGCCACCGUAUACCAAUACAUCUAGCAUACGAGAUUUCUCCUUGCACCAGAAAUUAUCAAACAGAGUUGGGAUCAGGAUGUUGUAGCUCAACGCUUCGGAAAAUUGCCAGAGCCGGCAGCUGGAUGCGCACUAGAAGAGGUGGCCAGCUUGAAUCAAUCAAUGUAGAUCAGUAUGCUUGGCCGCCAGAUUGAACUCAUCAUCGCAGCUAGAUGGUAUUCCACAAUGAUAAAAAAAAUCGCAGAUCCGAAGUGCAAAGUCAUGUGCAAGCAGGCGUGACCAAAGGCGCACGAGAAGAGGUGGCCAGCUUGAAUCAAUCGAUGUAGAUCAGUAUGCAUGACGUCCAGAUGAAACUCAUCAUCACAAGUAGAUGGCCGCGAGGAGCUCGACGUGAUAAUGUCUCCGGUCCAGGCAGAGGGGGCGAUUGAUAAAUGGCGACUGCACAAGCCCUCAUACAUCUCUUAUAGACACAUAUGCAUCAACGGCGCAAAGCGUGGAGUUCUUUGAACCCAGCCAUUAGCACUAGAUGGGACGCUCUCUACAACAUACGAGCAGCGAUGACCUGAAGAAACAGAACCACAGAGUGGUGAUGAAUCUAUGAUGAUGUGGAGUAUCAUGUGCAUGUGGGCAGCUCCAUCUAGAUAUCACGCCGCCGGCAGCGAUGCGGCACGCAGGGCUGACGGCCGGUCUGUUCGCCGUAAGGUAGUGUUUCAAUCUCAAGACGAGAAAUCCACGCUGCAGUUACCGUUGCCGUAGUAUUCCGAUCCAAUGGCAUGUCUCAAGGCAUGAUGCCGCCGUCGUCACCGUAUUUGCAUCGAUAUGCUCAGGCUGGAUCAAGUUUCUCAUGCGCAUCAACGUUGUUAUCUUCGCCUCAUGCAUACAACAUGCUGGAUGCAUCAAGGGUUGAAUCCAUCGAUGGAAUUUGACUUCAUAAUGCACCAAGCGGGACAGCCAAAGGCAGGUUAUUUUGUUCCACAUCAUCAAACGUACGGAGGAGAGAGAGCAGGCGAGAGGAAGCAACGCAUGCAAAUGGGGAGGCUUUUCCAAGAAGGUCGCUUCCUACUUACUAAUUUUAGUGAGCCUCCAUGCAUGAUACCUUCAUGAGGUAUCUCUGGUCCCGUCUUUAUAAACAUGAUAUUUGUGUAAGCACGUAAAUACUUAUUAAUUUAUAACUUGUGUUUGAAUCAAUUUCCGCUAAUAAUGUAUGCAUUCUUCAUAAAAGAUGACUAAUAUAUGAGUUGUUGUCAUGAGAUAUCAAUUUUGG